CACUGCACUGUGUCUGUCACCUCAUGACUAUCACCAUGAACACCUUGGUUGUCUUCGUCUGCCUCGCCGCCGUCGCCGCUGCCUCCCCGCAGUUCAGGAAUCAGCCCCGCCAGACCUUCCAGGACGAGCGUCAGGUGGCCAUCUUGAGGGACGACCGCCAGGAUUCCGGCGACGGCAACUUCAACUACAACUUCGAGGCCGAAAACGGAAUCAGCGUUUCUGGUUCGGGAGCUCCGGGAUCUGAGGGCCAGAGCAACAUGCAAGGCAGCUACAGAUUCACCCUUCCCGACGGAACCAUUGCCGAAGUGAGAUACGUCGCCGACGAGUUCGGAUUCCGCGCCGAAUCAGAUCCGAGUUGCUGAGGAACAACGGCGCCGCGGAAUCACCUUCUAAGAUUGAAAUGGACUGAAGAAUGAAACACUUUUUAUCAAUACAUAUGAUUAUUCUGUAAAUAUUUAUCACUAUCACAAUAAAAAAGGGCAUUGCA